AUGCACGGGGCGGUCCCGGCGGGGAAGAUAUUUUAUCGAAAUAUGGCCGAAAGAAAAGCUUUUAAUAUAAUAAAAGCUGUUCCAGUUGUCGGCCAUGCGUAUGGUGCUGUACGAGGUGUUGUUUAUGCAGCAAAAGGUGACAUGCACGAAGCAAAGCACUCCGUUAUACUGGACUUAGCAGAUUUAAAUCCAUUAAGAGUACCAAAAAAUCUUGCACACGGCAUUGCAAGUGUAACGAAUGAUCUUGAUGUAGGUGCUUGGAUCGGAAGACGACCUGUUGGUAAACAACCUCUUGGUCUUAAUAUCAGUCCUGGUAUCGAUGGAUCUCAUUGGUGUAUUCAGAUCAAUGGAAUAAUUUAUCAAUUAGGUUUGGAUAAAGAUCAUGAUAUUAAAAUUCGUGUAAGUUCAAAAAGCGAAAAGAGUUCAUGGUACGAACGUGAUUGUAAGGCAUUCUCAUGGUAUCUUAUCCAAAAAGACCUACCAUACUCUGAUCCAGAAGGAUUAAGAAAUUACGCAAAGUCGUUCGAAGAUUGCGAAUAUCGAGCAUUAAUCCCAAUGGGUGGUAAAAUGAACUGUCAGUCGUUUGUUACCAGAAUGUUUGCAACAGCUGCUAAUAUAUCAGUUGAAAAAGCACGAAGUAUUAUUCUUCUUUUCAUACCAAAUCUUUUAUUUUAA